AUGGGUGACUCCGGAGAGGACCAGGAGGCAAUCGUGCUUGCCCCCGGGCAACUGUCGGCCUUCCUCCAGGCGCAGGGUUCCGGCUGGCUGCCUGCUCGCUUGAGCGGCAUCGUCCCCAAAGAGGGUGUUUCGCAGUACCUGGAGGCUUUGCUUUGGUGCCUGGAGACUUACUCUACAGGCAAGUGCCCAGAUUGCCAGCGACGGUUUCCUCCUCACCUGAAGGAGUUUGCUUCCGCGUCGCUGAUGGUCGAGGAGAUGCCGGGGCUGCCGGCAGAGUGCUUCAAGGCGAGGCACAGAGACGGCCCGCCUUUGUCGCCUUUAUGCUGUGCCCUGGCCGUCCUACCGGUGGCCGACGCGCGGCGAGUUGUUCUCCCGACUUGUCCAGCCCUGGCACCGUUGCUCCAGGAAGGGGGCCUCCUUGGCGAGGUCGCCAAGCUGGAGUCCUGCAAAGAGUGCCGCCAGCUCACGGCCGCGGUGGUGGGUGGCCCAGUGACGGGCAAGAAGGCCGCAAAGCAGAGGAAAGCUUUGGAGGUGCACAAGCGGCAGCACCAGGAUGUGGAUGCGGUUUCUCUGGAGGCCUUGGAGGCAGAGGUGCGCAGACUUUGUGAUGGUGCUGCUGUGCCGCCAGAUGCGACGCAGACAGAGCUGAAGACGGUUGGGUCUGCGACAGAAGUCGCGCCAGCACCAAAGAAGGGUGCCAGCAGGCAGAAAAAACGAAAGCGCGGCUGA